GCUCACGUGUGAUGUGUUUGUGUAUCCUCAGUGUUUGUCUCUCUUGAGUGUUUUAUUGAGUGUAAACAGAGUCUUGUCUCUGUGUAUUUUAGUGUUGAUGAUGGAUGUGAUGUGCUGUAAAUCAGUAGGAACUGAUCUGUCCAUGCUGGAUAUUGAUGAUUUCAUCACAGAAAUCUCUCAGCUGAAGAAAGAGGUGGCGUUACUGGAGACAAAGCUGAGGUUAAGAGGAGAUGAAGGACUGAAGAGAGAGGACUCCGAGCUCAGUCUGACUUUACUCUGUUAUACUGAGUCAAAGCCCACAGACGCUCAGGACACUACAGUGUGUGACAGUAAUCAGGGCUUACAGGAUGAGGAAUCUACUGAUCAAACCUCCACAGAGUCUCUGGAUUCUGUCUGGAACGCUGGAGAACAGCAGCAGAUCCUGCAGACCAAACUCAACAUGUGUUCAGUCAAACUCAUCGACAAUGGAAACCAAAUGCAGUUGAGAACAGAAGCCACAGAAGAUGAAUAUUCAUACAAACAUAAUGAUGGUCAUGAUUUUAUUCUGUCAGAUGUGAGGAGUGAAUUAUGUUUGGAUGGAGAAAAAACGUCCUCAACAUUAAAAGAACAGAAACUCUUUACCUGCACGAGAUCUGAGAUCAGCUUUACUACCUUACAAGAGAAGGAACUUCAUUCAGAAGAGCACAGAGAGAAGAAGAAGCAGUUUCACUGUGAGCCAUGUGGGAAGGAUCUUUCUCCAGUAACGUCUCAUAUUAAUGCUCACAUGAGGACACACAGUGAUAAAAAGUCUUACUACUGCACUGAAUGUGGCUAUUACUUUAGCAGCAAACAAAGUCUUGAUGCUCACAAGAGAAUUCACACAGGAGAAAAACCAUACAAGUGUCCUCACUGUGAGAUGAGAUUCAGACACAGAUCUUGUAUAAAGAGACAUGUGCUUAUACACACCAAUGAGAGACCGUAUCAGUGCAGUGAAUGUGACAAAACCUUUAGGGAUUCAAGUAAAUUAAAAUCACACCAAAAUAUUCACUCUGAAGAGAAACGCCAUCAAUGUUCACACUGUGAUAAAAGUUACUGUCAGAAAUCUCAUCUGAUACGCCAUCAGAGAGUUCAUACUGGAGAAAAACCUUACGUCUGUAGUGUUUGUGUCAAGCGUUUUAAUAAACAUGACAGCUUAGUGACACACGAGAGAACUCAUACAGGUGAAAAACCUUACAAAUGCUCUCAGUGUGAGAAGACAUUUGCUCAGUCAGGUUCCUUAAAAGCUCAUAAGAGAAUUCACACAGGAGAAAAACCAUUUGAGUGUCCUCACUGUGAGAUGAGAUUCAGACAAAAAUCUUGUAUAAAGAGACAUGUGCUUAUACACACCAAUGAGAGGCCGUAUCAGUGCAGUGAAUGUGACAAAACCUUUAGGGAUUCAAGUAAAUUAAAAUCACACCUGAAUAUUCACUCUGGAGAGAAUCUCUUUCAAUGUUCACACUGUGAUAAAAGUUACUGUUUUAAAUAUCAGCUGAUACACCAUCAGAGAGUUCACACUGGAGAGAAACCUCAUCACUGUAAUGUUUGUGAGAAAAGGUUCAGUCGACGUGAAUAUUUAGUGUAUCACCAAAGAACUCAUAUAGGUUAAAAACGUUCUCAGUGUGAGAAGACGUUUGCUCAGUCACUUAAAAGCCCAUCAGAGAGUUCACACUGGAGAGAAACCUCAUGUCUGCUCAGUCUUAUUAUAUCUCAUAAUAUGACCUCUUCUGCGUCAUAUAUACAACCGGCACUGGGGAUUUUGCUGUACACUGCAUGCCGUGAGUUAUCCCUUGCUUAACAUGUUAAACUUUUAUAUUUGUGGCCCAUUAAUGCAUUCAGUGAUAUUUGGAAAUAUUUUAAUUUAAACAAAAGUAUGAACAUUUCUAGAUAAGGGGGCAUGUUCCUGGACAGGGAUUAGACUAGUCCUAGACUAAAAUAAAUGUAAGAGCUUUCCAAGCUGACAAAAAAUUUGCACUGACAUAUUUUAAGAUACAUCGUUGCCCUUUGUUUUGCCUCAAAAUGCAAACAAGUAAUUUCAUUUCUUUUUAUUUAUUUAUUUGAGCAUCUAAUUACAUAAAAAUCAACAUAAUAACAAAUUUCAUUACAAUACAAGUAAGGGAGAAAAAUCUAGAAAUGAUGCUUAAAAGGGGAAGGUAGAAGCUUAAGCUUAUUAACACCUACCCCUUUUACACCAUUGAGCCGCAAUUACAUUUAUUAUACCAAUAAGACAGUCAUCACAUGUUUAUGCUAUCCUGUUCCAGUGACUGUACAAUCAACAAUAUUUACUCACAACCCUUCUAUUAAGACACGAAAAUAAACCUCUUCAAUAAGUACAAGACAGAGGGAGAAAAAACAUUGCCUGUAACAAUUAGUCACCAAUCUUUUAAUUUGAUCUUUUGUUCCUUAUUGUUAAAGAUUCAAGGUCAUUUUUAACAAUUAUUCUGAACUAUAAUAGAUUAAUUAUAUUAUCUUUAUUAACUUACAUUCUCUUUUUUAGUUUACCAGUCUCAAAAAUACAACAUAAAUACAUAGCUCUAUAGCGUAUUCCACUUCCACCCUAAGGCCAUUCCGUCCUAUACUUGGACAAUAUUACUUGUUUAUACUUCGCUUUGAAUUGAUGAAUGGAUGGGCACUGCUUAAGUUGGGCACUCAGGGUAUUCCAGAGUCUGGCACCACACACAGACACACACAUACUUUUCCUCGUCGUUCUAGAUUUGAGAAGCCAAAUCUAGAUUGUACAGUUUUAAGUAAUUAUCGACCAAUAUCAAAAUUACCCUUUUUAACAAAAGUUUUAGAGAAAAUUGUCCUCAACUUACUCCAUAUUUAGAGGAAAAUUCUGUUAUAGACAUGUUUCAGUCAGGUUUUAGAUCAUUUCAUAGCACAGAAACCGCCCUUCUUAAAGUUUUUAUUGAUAUUUUAUUAGGAGUAGAUUCCGGAAAGCCAGUUAUUCUUAUUUUUUUAGAUCUUACAGCUGCUUUCGAUACCAUCGAUCAUGACAUUUUAUUGAGUCGUCUCAAGGAUGUUGGUAUCAAAGGCAUUGCUCUUGAUUGGUUUAAAUCUUAUUUGGAAGACCGGUCGUUCUCGAUUUCCAUCAGUAAUCUGCGCUCUUCGUCGGCUAAAUUACGCUGUGGUGUGCCUCAGGGUUCUAUUCUUGGGCCCAUUUUAUUUUCAUUAUAUAUGUGCCCUUUAGGUAUUAUUUUUCGUAAAUACGGCAUUACGUAUCAUUUGUAUGCAGAUGAUACACAGCUAUAUAUCCCAGUUCAAUUAAAUGCCUCAAAAUCCUUGGAUGUGCUCGUUCAGUGUUUAGGUGAGAUUAAGGCUUGGUUGGAAACAGUGGCGAACCGUGGGUACUUCAGCUGGGCCUUCAAAAUAUGCAAUGAAGUGCAAAUGCCUCUCCAUCCAUAAUACUAGGCUAUUCGUAUUUCGUUAAAUCAUACAGUGAACGUGUAAAAAUUCUGAGCACGCAAAGUUGAAUUACAGAAUGGGCAUUGUCUGCCUUUAAAUGCAGUUUUAAAGUUUAAAAUUACUUUAAUCUAACUGAUAAACACAAAUACAGACUCUGCUGCUCUGUAAUGACAGGGGCUCUGUAAAUUUGCAUUUAACAAGCUUAAAUUAUGUUCUUUAAUUUAUUUUUUAUUUUUUGGAAAUAUAUAUUUAGCUGUAGGAUACCUUGUUAGUCUUUUUCAUAAGGGGAAAUAUAGCACCCUGCGUUCUCAGUGCACCUCCUUGUGGCUUAUAACUGUUGUUAUAAGAUAUCCAGGGCUCGCAAAAUCUCUAGCCCAAGCCCCGAGGGCUACCAAAAUGUAUCUCCGCCCUGCCCAUCGGUUAUAGCGGGGAAAAAAAUAUUUGAAUGUUUUCGCAUUCUCUCAGAUUAAGUUAGGAAAUUAUAUCGUAUGUUAUUCGGCGUCGUCUGUCAGUCAUUACUAUCCUCACGUAACGAGUGAAACUGUCAGGAAGUAAAAGUAUAAUUAAACCCAUUAUUUUUCUCGUGUUCGCGUCAUAUGCACGCGCUUCUCCCGGCUGUGCUCUUCACGAGUACGCGCUUAAGUAAUUUCGUUUUUACCUCAGCCCUAUCAAGCUAGCCACAACGUCAAUCACGUUUUCCGCCAUUUACCUCAACCACUCUCACCGCAGAGAUUCGGGCCAUUAGACUGUAUUAAUAUUAACGGUCUAUGAUCUUCGUCUUUGGUGUUUUACGGCAGCUCGCAUCCAGUUUGUUGCAUGCUUAGGACUUCAUGAAGGCUUACAAUGCUUUGUUUUUUACCCGCCCACUUGAAAUCAAAACGUGAUUGGUCGAUUUGCCCGUCACUCUCCACACCAAAACACAUAGCUUGGCCUUCCCUGGGAUUCAUGAAGUCCUAACCAAUGAAUGAGCCAGAUAACCGGGCCUUAAUAGAGACAGACGAUUCUGAUUGGAUAAGAUGUUUUCAUGACAUGAACCUGACAGUAAGCUUUACGUUAGAACACAGAUGAGAGAAAAUAUAUUACAUGUAUUGUAUUAAAUUGAAUUAAAUAGAAAUUUAAAAAUGUAAAAACAUAUUUUUAUUGAAUACUAUAUUAUUUAUUUGUAUUAUUAUUAUUAUUAUAAAAAAUCUUUUUAUAAAUUUUUUUAGGCCUUCUCUGAAGGCGUAGAAGGCCCUGAAGGUUCCCCACUGGUUGGAAAGCAAUUUAUUACAUCUAAAUCAGAAUAAGACUGAGUGUGUUGUGUUUGGUCCCUCUUCUGCUUCGAAGGAAAUUAUGAACAGAUUGACUUCAAUGGCGAUAAGUGUGUCGGAUCAUGUUAAAAAUUUGGGGGUUACCAUGGAUUCAUCAUUGAUUUUGGAUAAGCAGAUAACUAGUGUUGUUAAGGCUGGGUUUUAUCAACUCCGAAUUAUUUCCAAAUUUAAAUCUAUUCUUUCUUUUAAAGACCUGGAGAUUAUUAUUCAUUCUUUUGUAUCAUCCCGUAUUGAUUAUUGUAAUUCGUUGUAUUAUGGUUUAUCGCAGCGCCAACUAUCUCGUCUGCAAUUAUUGCAAAAUUCUGCAGCUAGACUUCUGACGCACACAAAGAAGCGUGAGAGGAUUACACCAGUUCUCAUUACCCUACACUGGUUGCCGGUAAAAUCUAGGAUUGAAUUUAAGAAUUUGUUAAUGGUUUUUAAAGCACUGCACGGUAUUGCACCAAAAUAUAUUGCCAAUCUUCUAAUGCCCUAUCAAAACACAAGAAUUACUAGAUCUACCAAUGAGAUGAUUUUGCAUGUUCCUAAAACUAGGUUAAAGUCAAAGGGUGACAGGUCCUUUUCGGUAGCCGCGCCACACUUAUGGAACCCUCUUCCCUUAUGCAUUAAAUCGGCUCCUUCUGUGGAUGUUUUUAAGUCGAGAUUAAAAUCAUAUCUUUUUAGGAUGGCUUUUAAUGUUGGCUAGAGUUUUUUUUUAGCUCCUACUCUAUUGUUUUAAUGUUCGUUUUUGUCUUUCUUUUUGUUAAUUGUCUUCCUGGAAAGCACUUUGGUCAACGGGAGUUGUUUUAAAUGUGCUAUAGAAAUAAAGUUUGUAUUGUAUUGUAUUGUAUUUUAACAUGACAAUGUGGUAUGGUAAUUUAAACCUAAAAGGGAGAAGCAAGCUGCAGAGAAUAGUAAACCUCGCCUCAAAAAUCAUAGGGACAAAUCAGAAACAGCUAUGUUCCAUGUACGAGGAAGUUCUCAGGAAAAAAGCUUUUAAAAUAGCAAACGAUCCUACUCAUCCGCUUAAUAAGGAGUUUGAACUCCUUCCCUCUGCCAGACGUUAUAAAGUACCUAGGGCAAAUCGUAAUAUUUUUACAAAUUAUUUUAUUCCUAAUGCAAUUCGGACGCUGAACAACACGUCCCGUUGAUGUAUUGUACGUAAUUGCUACUGCUGUGUUCAUUGUUGCUUUGAAGAUGUCUGCGUGCUAGUCUUGUUGUUUUUGUUGUUUUUAUUGUUGUUGGUUUGAUUGUUGUUAUGAUGAGACUGAAGGCAAAUUUCCACAUUGUGGACAAUAAAAUGAAAAAUAAAUAAAUAAGGUUCUAAUAGAAGCGAGCAGACUUUUGUCUUUUGUGGGGCGGUUUCCCGGACAGGGAUUAGACUAGUCCUAGACUAAAACACUUUUAAGAGCUCUCCAAACUGAAAACCACUUGCACUGACAUAUCUUAAAAUACAUCAGUGCCCUUUGUUUUACCUCAAAAUGAAGACAGGUAAUGUUUUUAGAAAGGCAUGUUUGUUAAAACUAGUUAUAUUUCCUAAUUAAACUAAGACCUAGUCCCGGAUUAAGCUAAUCUUGGUCCGGGAAACCGCCCCUGUAAGUUUAAUUAUUACAAUUUAGGGAUGGUACUUUUAUUUGUACUUUAUUUGAAAAACUGAUAUUUGUAUGUAAUGUGAGUCUAAAACCCUGAAUUAAAGUAGACAAGCUGCACACUGUCAGGCACUGGAGAAACUUAGGUUGUGUUCAGUUUCUGUCAGACUCAUCAAAACAUCAUCCUUAUGGACAAGUUGGCAAGUCCAAGUUCAAGUGAGCAAACCCUUAAUUAAUAUAUGUAUUAAUUCAGUUAUUUUUUAUUUAAAUUAUUAAAGAUUAUGUUUCUAAAUUAUGAUGUUUUUGUAGCCACCACCAAAGACUUGCGCAAUUUUAUUUUCUUUGCCAUAAAUUUUAUUUAUUGAACACACAGUGUUAUAGCAGUAAAAAACAAGCUAAGACUCAAGAUUUAACUACAACUAAAACAAACACGGAUCACCACAAUAGUGAUUUACAAUUUUCAAGAGAUGGUGAUAAAGAGGAUAAAGUUAAAGAUUUUAAUUCUGCUUCAGUGUUACAUUUUAAAGAUUUAGAUAAUAUACACCCAGUAGUGUUCAUUUAACACUUGGGAUUUUGCUGUGUAGCUCUGUGGAGGCAUUUCGUAGACAAAUGUGGGUUACUACAUUUGAAGCGGUUUCUAGGCUCUAUAAUCCAAGGAACUGCCUGUCCCUUGGAUUAUUCUGUACCAUUUUUUGCCUUUGUGCCUGGUUUGCCUUUGUUUGCCUAUUGCUCUCCUGUGUUUGACAUUUCGGCUGUUUUAUUGGAUUUAUGUUUGUGGAUUACCCUUCUAAUAAAAUCUGCAUUUGGAUUCUCAACCCUUCGGG